GUGUUGAGGUAUUUGACUUAUAUCCUCCUUGAAUCCAUGGAGUCUCGGCUUUUAUUCGAACAAAUUGACCAUAGGAGUGAGUGUGACAGUGAAUGGUUGUUUGUCUCUAUCUGUGUGUGGCCCUGCGAUGGACUGGCGAACUGUCCAGGGUGUACCCCGCCUAUCGCCUGAUGUAGCUGAGAUUGGCACAGCACCCCCCGCGACCCUCUGGUGGAGGAUAAAGCGGUAGAUGAUGACUGACUGACUGUGUGGUGUUGUGUGGUGUUUUGUUCUGGGUAACGUGCCGUAGUGCUGGAUCCAGAAAUGUCGCCAGUGGGUAGACACAGCGGUGCUGUACUGAAUUUGAUGUAUAGUAAUUAAUUUAGUUGUUAUUUGAGGUGUGUUUGUCACAUUUAAAAUCUUGUAGCCUGUCUGCUGUCUAAUUUGAUGUGCAACAUCACUAUAUUCGUUCAUGUAUAGUGCAACAUUGUAUUAUUACCUAUAUUAUUCACUAAUUAUUAUCUGGGUCCCAAAAUGUGGGAACCGCCGGGCAAAUUAUAUGUUAAAAACAGAUGGAUUAGACUCUUGUGUUGAGGAAAGUCGAAGUCACAGCCUUCUUAGAAAGGGAGGAGGAUCACAGUCCAGCCUCCGAACGCACUCCAGGCUCCGCUGCUGCUGUGCGCUUCAGUGUGCGUAAAACGGCAGAAUGAACGCCAUCUCUUCUCCCAUCGCUGAAUCCACCGACACAAGACUGGGCGACUUCAAUACAGCAUACAGUAAUAUCAAAAUGUCUAACGAGGCGCAGGUUCUUACUUGCAUGUCCUCCGUGCGUAAUUUUGGAAACAUUGGCGCACUGAUCCACGGUCUUUGUCCAAGCGGCGAGGGCGCAGUCUCUAAAGAGUGCAACAUACUCGACGCCUCACUGGCUUCGAAAUACUACUAUGACCGUGGCAGUGAGUUAGUAAAGUGUGACAGUGUUGUGCCCUGGGGAGACUUUGUAAAAGUUCCGAGGACGGAUGUGGCCAUAUCUGAAACUGUGCCCGAGGCAGGAAGCCUCUCGUCCACUGCUGGAGCGUGUAAGUUCAUCAAAGACGAGAAGGAGACUUCAGCGAUAAUGGACAGAGCAUGUCCCGACUUCGAUCCAUCACCGGAGCUGUCUGCUCUUGACAGCUGCUGUGACACAUAUAGGAAGCAGCAGCCACAGUCACAGCAGCCACAGCAGCCACAGUCACAGCAGUCACAGCAGCCACAGUCACAGCAGUCACAGCCACAGCAACAGCAACAGCAUCAGCAUCAGCAGCAGCAGCAGCUGAGUCUCAGUGACAGUGAGUUGACCAACUUCGGGCCGGUUACGAUAGCUCCUCCGCCGGGGAUGGAGGGAUCCCCAAACUUUCUUAUCGACCUGAACCAGGCGGAGCAGCUGCCGGCGCUGAACCAGGUGAGGACCGACUCCAGGUGCGGUUUGUCCGGGACGAUGUACAGGAACGAGUUGGUUCCCCGCUGGCAGAUGCAAACGUCUCUAGCCGAGCCUCAGUACUGGUGUCAGUCCACGGGUCUGAACGAUGACCCGUUCACACACAGCGGCUAUGAAGUGAUCCAGAGCCAGGGCUUUGUUCAGAGGAACUCCUCGCCUUUCUCCACGUUCCCCGGGAUGCCCCCGCAGAGGCAGUGUAUGAUUUGUGGUGAUGAGGCAUCCGGCUGCCACUAUGGAGUCCUGACGUGUGGAAGCUGCAAAGUGUUUUUUAAAAGAGCAGUCGAAGGCCAUCACAGCUAUCUCUGCGCUGGACGAAAUGACUGCAUUGUGGACAAAAUCCGGAGGAAAAAUUGCCCAGCGUGUCGCCUCCGAAAGUGCUAUCAAGCGGGCAUGAUGCUCGGAGGCAGGAAGUUGAAGCGUUUUGGGGCCUUGAAAGCCUUGGGCAUACCCUCGUCCCUGAUGUUCCAGUCCCACUUGGCCAUGUCCGGCAACAACCAGGCCCUGAACGCCAUGUCUUGCAUACCUGGCAUCCACGACGUGCAAGUCAACUCACAGAUCAUCGACAUCCUGGAAAACAUCGAGCCGGAGGUCAUGUGCUCGGGUCACGACAGCCUGCAGUCCGAUGUCCCCCACGUUCUGCUCAACAGUCUCAACCGGUUGUGCGAGAAGCAACUGCUUUGGAUCGUCAAGUGGUCCAAGUCUUUGCCAGGGUUCCGUAAUCUUCACAUCAAUGAUCAGAUGACCCUCAUCCAGUACUCGUGGAUGAACCUCAUGGUGUUCUCGCUUGGCUGGCGAUCCUUUCAGAAUGUCACCAGUGAAUAUUUGUACUUUGCACCCGAUCUGAUUCUCAGCCAGGAACAAAUGAGGAGAACUUCCAUUUUCGACCUCUGUCUGGCAAUACAGUUUAUUCCUCAGGAGUUUGCGAACCUUCAAGUGUCCCGUGAGGAGUUUCUCUGCAUGAAAGCCAUAAUACUUCUCAACACAGUGCCUCUUGAAGGACUCAAAAGUCAGGCUGCGUUCGAGGAGAUGAGACAAAACUACAUCCACGAGCUGACGAAGGCAAUCCACAUAAAGGAGAAGGGCAUGGUGGCCAGCUCGCAGCGGUUCUACCGCCUCACCAAACUGAUGGACGUCAUGCACGAGAUAGUGAAGAAGGUCAACCUGUUCUGUCUGAGCACCUUCAUCCAGGCUGACGCCAUGAGUGUGGAGUUUCCGGAGAUGAUGUCAGAGGUCAUUGCCUCCCAGCUACCAAAGGUCCUGGCGGGCAUGGUGAGGCCCCUCUUAUUCCACAGCAAGUGACGAUGACGACGACACCCUGCGACUGGAUUAUUCACACCCACAUUUACCUAAACGCAGUCCUCUGUAAUCUACCAACCUGCUUUCCGAUCUUCAGUUUCACGAGGUGAACAUAAACGCCAAACUAUCCGCAAUAUUAUAAACUCUGAGGCAUCAAAUAAUUAAUCUUCUCCGUUUAGUCCUGCUGCAGCCACCCCUUACCCAUUCUGCAUCUUGUAUACGGAUGGUACUCACUUGCUCAUAUGCAGUAGGUUUCUGAGAACCUUUAGAUAAAGUGUUAUUUUUGUACUAAAGCAUAAAUAUUCUUAUGUUUCGCACCAGAAUGAGGACACACAGAAACCUGUCACUUAAAAUAAUCACAUUAUUUCAGGGUAAACAGUCGA